AUGAGAGCAGUGAUACAGCGAGUGCGCAGCGCCAGUGUUGAAGUAGAUGGCAGACUAGUUUCAAGCAUCGGACCCGGCCUGCUGUGCCUCAUCGGCAUAAGAGACACUGAUACAGCAGCAGAUCAAGAGUUCUUGUGCCGAAAAUUGCUUAAUUUCAGAAUAUGGCCCAGCUCGGAUGGCAGCAAGUCCUGGGACCAGAAUGUCUCACAGAAGGGAUAUGAGCUAUUGCUGGUGAGCCAGUUCACUCUGUACGCAAUGGCAAAAGGGAACAAGCCAGACUACCACCUAGCCAUGCCACCUGAUCAGGCCAAGGACUUCUACUCGGAGUUCCUGGAGAGAGUAAGAAGGGGGUACCAGGCAGUCCGGGUUAAGGAUGGAGUCUUUGGCGCUAUGAUGGAUGUCUCACUCGUCAAUGAUGGCCCUGUCACUCUCAACUUUGACUCACAAUACCCCACUGGACGCUGCUGA